AUGCCUAUCACGGUCGGUAUCGCAGGUAUCACGGGAAAGUUUGCCCGUCUUAUCGCAAACAACCUGUGCAAGUCUCCCGAUGUUCACAUCCGAGGUUUCUGCCGUAAUGAAUCCAAGCUCCCUAAGCAGUUCCGAGACUCCUCUCGGGUGACUGUCUUUGAAGGCAAUGCGACCGACCUAGUCAGUUUACGCCAAUUCGCUCGCGGAUGCGAUGUGGUGAUCUGUUGUUACCUGGGUGAUAAUGAACUCAUGACCAAUGGCCAAAAGCUUCUCGUGGAUGCCUGCGAAUUGGAGGGCGUUAGUCGCUACAUCGCAAGCGACUAUUGUCUGGACUUCACGAAAUUGGAACUUGGCCAGCAUCCGGCCAAGGAUCCUAUGAAGCAUGUGAAGGCGCAUUUGAAUACAAAAAAGACCGUCAAGGGUGUACAUGUUCUGAUUGGUGUCUUCAUGGAGACUUUCUGGAGUGGCUACUUCGGGGUUUGGGACGAAAAGUCCUGCAGACUUAACUAUUACGGCAACGGGGACGAGAUGUGGGAGUCAACUACAUACGACACUGCCGCGGAGUUUGUGGCGGCGGUGGCGCAGGAUCGAAAUGCUGUGGGCAUGCAACACUUCCUGGGUGAUCGUCGUACAAUUCGUGACAUCGCUGAAGACUUCGCCAAAGUUUAUGGCACACGGCCAGAGCUCCACCGCCUCGGAUCGCUCGAUGAUCUCUACAAGAAGAUGCAGGCAAUCUUCCAUAAGGACCCUUCAAACAUGUUCGCCUAUAUUGCUUUAUUCUACCAAUACUACUGCACUAACGGCCAGACCUACCUCAAGAAAGAAUUGGACAACUCCAAAUACCCACAAAUCACGCCGGUCACCUUCAAAGACUUCCUGCAAGCCCACAAGAUGGAGGAUCUUGCCGAUGCAUACAGCAAUGCAGGCUCUAGUAUCUAA